AUGUCGGCAUCCAACAACGAAGUGCCUGUUGGUCUUGACGGCGACAACGAUUACACCAGCCGCACUGGCCAGAAGCAGGCCCCCAUCCCAGUCCAGAAGGAUGAGGACUCGAUAGAGAGCGGUGUCAACCCAGCGACCGAGGACAGCGACGCACAGCUUGAGAAGGACGACAAGGAUGCCAUCAACAAGGACAACAUCGUCGACGCCCGCACUCGUGGUGCGGCCAAGUCAAAGGGCGCUUACACCGAUCCAGGUGAUGAGGAGGGCCUGCCAGGUCCCAAUGACGGCACUAGCAGGGGUGCCACCGAGGGUCUGCAGGACAAGUCUACCAAGGACGCGGUAGUCUAA